AUGUUCCCUCGAUCCGGUCGGACGUCGUCCUCGCUCGGCUCGGACGGCGCGCCGUCGGCCUCGAACGGAGGACGCGGCGGAAGCGCGCCGACGUCGCCGUCGUCGUCGUGGCCUCGAAAUAAAUCCCGCGCCUCUUCGAGCUCGAUCGGAUUCGGCGACGGCGUCUCGAUCAACGUCUCGCAGACGAAGUACGACACCGUGAAGAACGCCGCGUCGGAGGAAGGGUACGCGCUCGUGGACGACCGCGAGCCGAACUGGGACCUGUGCUGGAGCGACCUGAGCGUGAGCGAAGCCCGAGUCGCGAAGCUGAUGCCGUUCCAGAGGAUCAACCACUUUCCCGGGAUGCUCGAGAUUUGUCGAAAGUCGCCGCUCUCGCGGCACCUGAAACGCAUGCAGAACAAGUUCGCGAGGGACUACGCGUUCGCGCCGCCGACGUGGGAGCACCCGAGAGAGCUGAGCGAUUUCAAGCGGCACGUCAGAGCGAACCCGGGCUCGACGUACAUCGUCAAGCCUACCGCGGGCUCGUCCGGGAGAGGCAUCUACUUAAUCGCGAACGAGACGCAAAUCGGGAAAGACGAGACCGGGGUCGUGAUUCAACGAUACGUGGAUAACCCCUUACUGUUGGACGGGCACAAGUUCGACAUGCGGGUGUACGCGCUCGUGACGUGCGUGAACCCGCUCGCGGUGUACGUCCACGAGGAAGGCCUCGUGCGGUUGGCGACGACGAAGUACGAGAAGCCGACGAAAUUCAACAUGGAUCACGACACGAUGCACCUGACGAACUACGCCUUGAACAAGCACUCGAACGCGUUCGUGGACUCGGAGUACGACGACGAGGGCACGAAGCGAACGCUGAGCGCGACGUUCGACGACUUCAUGCUGCGCGGGUGCGACGUCCGGGCGCUCCGGAGAGAGAUCGAGGCGCUCGUCGUGAAGACGAUAUUGCCGAUACAGCCGCACCUCGCGCACACGUACCACUGCGCGGUGAGCGCGAAGGGCGCCGGCGGCGCGGACGACGAGUGCGAGCCCGCGAGUCGAUGUUUCGAAGUCUUGGGGUUCGACGUCAUGCUCGACGAGCGCUACAAGCCGUGGCUGAUCGAGGUGAACCACUCGCCGUCGUUCACCGCGGACAGCGACUUGGACCUACGGGUGAAAUCGAAGCUCCUGUCGGACGUCAUCGGGUCGCUGCGUCCGGACCCGAGCGCGCGGAAGCGGUUCUUAGGACGCGAGAGAGGGAAGACGCAGUCGCGGUUGUAC